CUAUUUUGGCCUUCGCGAGCCACCGUAGUAAUCAGGCAACGGAGAGGCUGUGUGGCUAGUUCUGUCAUGGCGAACUAGUUUGGGCUCCGCGAGCUACCGUAGCACUCAGGCAAGGGACCUGCCAUGGCGCUCGUUUCCGAGCCAAUGUCGGAGCGUUCCGUGAAGGUGGCGGUGCUGCUGGCCUUCGCCUCGGGAGUCCUGGUGGGCUGGCAGGCGAACAGAAUACGAAGGCGCUACCUCGACUGGCGGAAGCGGCGGCUGCAGGACCAGCUGGCAGCGACGCAGAAGAAGCUGGACCUCGCGUGAGCAGAUAGAUGUAAGCAGAAGCCACAAGAAUUACUGGAAACAGAGUGCAUUUAAAACUGCAUUAAUGGACUUCAAACAUAUAUACAGAAAAUCAUGUUCUUUCACACAAGCUAGUUAUGAAAAAAAGAAAGACACGGAUGGAGUUAUGUUUCUAUCAUUCAGUAAGACAAAAACCAACAAAAACAGCCAACUUAUGGACAAAAGUAAUUUAAACACUUUGGUGGUGCGUUGUCCAUGUUUGAAAGAAUUGACUGUUUCAUUCUAAGACACUUUAUGAUGUUUGGAUGUUGCUGAGAUUCUGAAUAUGAUUACAUAAAAAGACCCUUUAUUUUAAGAA